AAAACCCACCCCCGCCAUGGCCGUAAUACGCCACCGCCACUGCAACCGUUCGCUGUCAUUCGCUACCAUCAGUGCAUUACUCUUUCUCUUGCUUUCUUCAGUUUCAGCUCUUACUUUCAACCACGCCCGCCAAUUCAGUGGUGGUGCAAUGACGGAGGAGAUAAGAGCAGAGGUGAAAAGGGCAGGUGGGAUGGAGUUAAUAAAGCGAGUUUUGUAUCGAAGAAGACUGACUGGACCGGGAUCAUCGCCGCCUACAUGUAGAUCCAAGUGUGGAAGCUGUGCACCGUGUAAACCGGUUCAUGUUCCGAUUCAACCGGGUUUGAGUCGACCACUAGAGUACUACCCGGAAGCUUGGCGGUGCAAAUGUGGGAACAAGCUCUUCCUGCCUUAGGACAAGCAAUUUUUUUUUUAAAUUUUAACUUAAUUACUUAUAUAAUUUGGCAUUUACUACUUUGAUAGUGUAUAUUAAGGCAGUAAAAGUGCAAAACAUUAGUUGUAGAACAAACGUUGU